UGAGAACCGAAUAGUUAGACAGGCGGGUUUUAUGUUCAAAUGUUUUGUUAUCGCGACGAAAUAUCGUUAAUCGAUAUAAAUGGGUUUGCCUCAAAUUGCAUUCGAGUUACCCGUUGUUGAGUUUGAAGUGGAGAGUUGUUGAAGUUAUAAUUGUAUUUAAUUGCAGAACAAUCGACGAUUUGAUAAUUUUAGAUUGAGUGCUGAACGGACAAAGCACGAUGUGGGCAGAUAUUGAACUUUAAUGUACCUACUGCGAAUACGACGACGACGACGCGACGGUGUUUAUGAUAUGCGGAGUGCGAAAACGUCGCGAAGAAAAAAAAACCGGCGGCUUCGAAGCGGCAGAAACUUAAAACCUAUUGAACAAUGAAAAAACGAAAUACACAACACAAAAACAUACACAUUAUGAAAGUCGAAACUACAACAUUGAUCGUGGCCUUGCUCCAUUGCACGAUCUCUUUGACAUAUGGAUCCAAGAUACUUGCACUUGUUCCACAUCCCGGCAAAAGUCACUUUGACUUUUUUCGUCCAUUAUUCAGAGGACUGGCUCUAGCUGGCCAUGAUAUGACCGUCAUAAGUUAUUUUCCAAAUAAAGAACCCAUUGCCAACUAUACGGAUGUUGAACUUACUGGAAUGCCAAUUAUUGCCAAUAAUAUUGACUUAAAGAUCUUUGAAAACGAACAAGACUUAAUUGACUUCAAGGUGCCUACAUUCUUUAUGAUCAAUGGAUGGGGCCUGGAAGGAUGCGAAGCGGCCUUCAAUUCAAAAGCCAUCAAAGAACUCCUCGCCAAAAAGGAACACUAUGACGUAGUGCUUAUCGAGCAAUUUAGCAACGACUGCAUGAUGGCUAUCGCACAUGUGCUGCAAGCACCUGUCGUGGCCUUGAGUAGCUGCGCUAUAAUGCCGUGGCAUUAUAAACGAAUGGGAAGCCCGUUCAUUCCAUCUUUUAUGCCUGUUAAUUUCCUACCACAUACUGACGAAAUGACGUUCUUUCAACGCUUGAAUAAUUUUUUCCAUUACUAUGCUAUGAAUUUCUUAUACGAUCAAAUUACGCAAAAGGCUACAAAUGAGAUGAUUAGAAAGUACUUGGGAGACUCUAUUCCCCCAAUCGAGGAACUAGUGCUGAAUACUAAUGCUAUGCUGAUAAAUCAGCAUUAUUCAUUAACGGGAUCAGUACCCUAUGCUCCGGGAAUAGUUGAGAUCGGUGGAUUACAAAUUCAAGCACCUUCUCCAAUUGAUCCAGAUCUCAAAGCUUUACUGGAUGCAUCACACAAAGGUGUUAUCUACAUCAGUUGGGGUUCAAUGAUUCGUCCUGAAACACUGUCCCUAGAUCGCAGAGAGGCUUUGCUAAGAGCUUUGUCACAGUUCGAAGAAACUAUUCUGAUGAAAUGGUCCAAUGAAACCCUUCUAAAUCGUCCGAAGAAUGUUUAUCUACGUCAAUGGAUGCCACAGAGAGAAAUUCUUUGUCAUCCAAACGUCAAGGUAUUUUUAACGCAUGGAGGCUUACUUGGAACAUCGGAAUCUUGUCAUUGUGGAGUACCAAUGGUUGUUACACCAAUCUAUGGUGAUCAAUUUCUCAAUUCAGAGGCGAUAAAGAAACGUCAGAUUGGAACAAUUUUGAGAUACAAGGAUAUGAGUGAAGAGAAUAUUGUCAAGGCUAUCAAGAAAGCCUUAAGUCCAGAAAUGCAAAAGAACGCUAAGAUCAUUGCCUACUCCUUCAACAAUCGUCCACAGACACCUCUUAGCCUUGCCAUUUGGUGGGUCGAACAUGUGAUUCAAAAUAAGGGACUUGCUUUGGCUAUAAACGAAUCAUCGAACAUGUCAGCAAUAAGUUAUAAUUGUUUAGAUAUUUAUGCAUUUUUAUUAGUUGUAAUAUUAUUUAUAGUUUGGAUUAAUAAGAAAAUUAUUAAAUUCUGUAUUGCUCUUUGUAAGAGUGGAAAGUCGAAGAAGGAUUAAAAUAAAAUUAUGUAUAUAUUGUAAAAAAGAAUAAAAGUAAUUUUUUAAA